AUGCUCAGAGCGUGCAGGGGACCAGUAGUCAGCGGCGGCCUUUUGUGUCUCUCUCCUCCCGGAGCUCCCGGAGGAUGCUCGGAGCAGUCUCGUGAACAGACCCAGACACUGCGGAGGUGUGAGGCCGGGGAUGAGGGGCCGCGAGCAGGACAGGAGCCGGAGAUGAAGAAGGACGUUCAGACGCUGGUGUCUGAAGAAAGAGCCGAGAUCCUCCUCAAAUAUGCAACAGGCAGACAGGGCGGGGUGCGGGUCGACCCCUGGGAGGACGCUCAUCGGUACAAAGUGGUCGACCGCUUGGGAUUCAUGCAUGAGAAGGAGCUUCCUUUGCCCAGCGCUCACGAGGAGAAGCUGAAGUUGCAGCAGUUGCACAGAGCAGAGAAGUGGCUGAAGAUGCUGCAGAAGUGGGAGAAAUACAAACGCAGUGAAAAGCUGGUGAGGAGGAUCUACAAAGGGAUCCCGGCUCCGCUCCGAGGUCAGGCCUGGACUCUGCUGCUGGAGGUGGAGAAGGUCCGGAGGGAAAACCCGGGGAAGUACCAGAGGAUGAAGGAGCAGGCUCUGGUCUACUCGUCUGAGAUCAAACAGAUCGACCUUGACGUUAAUCGCACAUUCAGGAAACACGUCAUGUUCGUGGAUAGAUUCGGAGUCAAGCAGCAGUCUCUCUUCUAUGUGCUGGCAGCAUAUUCUGUCUACAACACGGAAGUCAGUUACUGUCAGGGCAUGAGUCAGAUUGCGGCUCUUCUUCUGAUGUUCAUGGACGAAGAGGACGCGUUCUGGGCCCUGAGCCGCCUGCUGGGGGACCGCCCCCACGCCAUGCACGGAUUCUUCGUUCCUGGUUUUCCCAAACUGCAGCGUUUCCAGAGUCACCACGACCAGGUCCUGAACAAACUGCUGCCACGGCUCAAGAGACACAUGGACCAGGAGCAGAUGUUCACUGGUAUCUACAGCACCAAGUGGUUCAUGCAGUGUUUCAUAGAGAGGAGUCCGUUCAGUCUGACCCUGCGUCUGUGGGACAUCUUCAUCCUGGAGGGAGAGCAGCUGCUGACCGCCAUGUCCUACACCGUCCUGAAGGUGCACCGCCAGCGCCUGAUGCGGAUGUCGCUGGAGGAGCUCAGGGACUUCCUCCAGGAGCGCAUCGCUGUGUCGCUGUCGCACAGUGAUGAUGUCAUCAUCGAGCAGCUGCGGCGCGCCAUGUCGGAGCUGAGGAAGAGGAAGCUGCAUCUUCCUCCUCCAGGUAAAGCUGAGGAGCUGCCCCUUCGGCCUCUGGGUCAGGACCCCCCAGCAGUGCCUCGUGCUGCCUGCCCCCCCCAGGCCUGCCCCCCCCAGGCCUGCCCCCCCCUGAGCCCAAGCCCCUCCAAAGACCCGCCCUCGCCCUCCCCUGUGGUCAUCCACCGCACUGCCCUGGCCUCUCCGGAGCAUGACUCCCCCCUGAUGGGUCCGCCUCCGUACCACUCCCCUUCGGACCACUCCCCUCCGGACCCUUCCCCCCCCAGGACCCUCUCCAGGACCCUCUCCACGCCCCUGUGGCCCCAGCCCCCCCUCCCCAGAGUCAGCCAGUCUCAGAGUCUGGGCCAGCGUCUGUAG